AUGGGCCAAACGGAUCAGAGGCCCAUGUUGGACGGUCGCGUGUCUGAGCCACCUCGGAUCUUGCAGUGGACUCCACGACAGAACUCAGAGACACAAAGCCGCAAUGGAAAUUUGCCCCUUUUGACGGCCGAUUGGCUUGAGACAAUUGUUAUGGGACACCGUGUCCCGAGUGCAGUCCCUGCCACACUGAGGGCCGAGCUCUCCCAGCACCGAGAACCCGACCGCUCGCCUUCACAGCAAAAUACCACACCUGGUGAUCGAUUUUCUCCGAUGUGCGAACGGCUUGCCUCUCGUGAGAAUCCGGCGACUAUCCAUCUACCGUCAUAUCUACCACCGCUGCCAGAAGCCCUGAGUCUAUUUCGGUAUUAUUGUAAAAACCUUGACUUCCAGUAUCAUAUCAUCAUACCCAGUCGCGUGGAAAGACAGAUUGAGACUAUCUACGAGCAUGUUGCGCGAAAUGAGUCUAUCAAUUUGGCCCACACUGCGCUGCUGUUUAGUAUCACUGCUGCCGCCCUGUAUUACCAACUCCUGACAGAGUCAUCCGAGCAUGCAGAACCAUUCAGUCAGGAAAGCACAUUUUUGGCAGGGGCCGCAUUGAUCCAGAGCAAUUAUAUCCCUUAUCCCACCCUCGAAGGACUUCAAGCGACUAUGAUCAUUGGUCAUCAUCUGUCCAAUAUGAACUUGCCCUCCUCUGUCAGUCCGUUAUUUGUGCAUAGUUCAUUUGUGAGUCAAGCCACUGGUAUGGGGCUUCAUCUUGUGGACUGUCCUCGGGUUGUGGCUGAACGCUCAGCAAAUGAAUUUGAUAAAACCAAUGUUGAACUCAAACGACGGUUGUGGUGGGACUUGGCAACAUACGACUGGUUACUAGGCUUUUUGAGCGGACCACAAGAGUGGACGUACUCAAUCCAACCUCAGCAUAUGGUUGUACAUGAGCCUCUCAAUGUUGAGGAUGAGGAAAUCGACUAUAGCGAGAAUGGUGUUCCCCUUUCUACUCCAACCGCGAUGUCAUUCAGUUUAUGUCGAUUGAAGUUGGCUGUUGUGUGUCGCCAAACAGUGGACGAAAUGUCGUACUACUAUUUCCAUGGACAAGAGGUACCCUAUGAGAAGAUACUCGAGGUCGAUCAAAAGCUUCACAAGAUAUUCGAUGAGAUGCCCAGUUACUUUCGCUUUGAUCAAGCCUCCCGGCGUGAACACUCAGCGCUCUAUCGUGAGCGACCAACUCUUGCAUGGCAGCGAGCUCUGGCACACCAGGGUUUCCAUUCACGGCUCUGUCGUUUGCAUCGCCACUACUUAGUGCGCGGAGCAAAGGAUCCCAAAUAUUCCUAUUCGCAUGUCGUAGCUCUUCGGUCUGCGCGCAAGGUGCUCGAAUUGAAACGCAUUAUGGAUGAGGAAGAGCCUGUGUUCACACCGCACAGCUCGGUCGUAUGGGCAGUCAUGCACCACGUGUUCAUGGCAGCUGCCAUUCUUCUAAUAGAUGUGUGUUUCAACUGGGAUGACAUUCUGGCCGAGAAGCGAAAAGAAGAAGUACUCGACGCUUGUCGAAUGCUCAGCCGGGCACAACUAUCCUCGCCCACCGCACGUGAGGGAAUCAAGGCCAUGAUGGGGAUAUUGAGAAGGCAUUGGAAACACGAAAAAAGAGUAAGCUCUCGCGACUUACAGGAGCUUUCUGCAUCUUCGAAUUUAAAUGCCACAACAACCAAUGCCUCGCAGCCGGAAAUCCCCACGCCUGUUUCGUUGGGUUCCAAGAGCAUCACAUUUGCUCCAGAAAUUUCCAAUGGUCAAUCGACGAUGUACCCUUCAGCAGAUGCAUUGCUUAGUCCAUUGCCUCUUGAAGACAUGUGGGCGGAGAUGCUAGAGAGCAGCGCUAAUGUUGAGCUAAAUACACCGGACUGGACAGACUUGCUGACGGAGUUGACAAAUGUUACUUUGCCAAUCGAGUAA